AUGCCCAAAAGACGCGCCGACUCUCCAUCUCCACGGCCAAAUCAGAUUUCAAGAGCGAAUACAGAGAUUCAACAACGCGUUGCAGGCACUUCGACGGCUGAGCCAAAGCCAGACCAACACAACUCGAAGAGACGGCGGCUGGAGACAACCAAAGGCACGCAAAGCCUCAAGAAUCAGUCUUCACGACGAAAUCUCAGAGCAAAGCUGGAAGCAGACGCGCGGAUGAACACUCAGGUCUUGACAAAGUCAAAGCCAGAGCCUGAGCUGUCCUCGGGACCACCCACGCCAGACUCCCUGCCACGCGAAAUACAAAGCACGAGGAAUAUGGUGGAAGAAGAGCUUGCUGAGCUAAGGAGGCAGUUGCAAGAAAAGGACCAACAACUGCAAAGACAAAGGGACGCUCUUAAUCAUGUACAUCAACAAUUGCAAUGUCAGAUUUGCCUAGAAACACUCCAGAGACCAUUUGCGCUUGUACCAUGCGGACAUGUAGCGUGUGUAGGCUGUCUCCAACAGUGGUUUAGUGCGCCAGCACCCGAAGAAGGUGCACCAGCCGCUACGCUCGCACGCCGCAAAAAGACAUGCCCCCACUGUCGCGCACGACUCAACCAACGACCUGUCGAAAUCUAUACCCUCAAAGAAAUUAUAUCCAACGUCGAACCAGCACUGAAUGUCCAGCCCGGCCCACAGAGGGAAGUCGCAAACCCAGAGGACCCCUGGAAAGACAUUUUCUUCGAAGAGCGUCAUGGCGCUCGAAUUGGCGUCGACGGUGCUUUGAUAGAUCAUGCAGAUGGAGGUGUGCGACGAUGUCCGUCUUGCCUAUGCGAGAUAUACGAGGGAGUCUGCGCGGAAUGCGGCGAAGAGUUUAUGUUCUCAUCAGAGGAAGAAGAGGAAGAAGAAGAAAUGAUGUACAAUCCUUACAUCUUUGGUGCCCCUCCAGACUUUCUUGGCCAUAUGGACCUUGAACCCAGCGACGACGAGGGUUCUUAUGAUGAAGACUUUAUCGACGACGGACCGAUAUACGAGCAAGAUGGUGACAUGGAGGAUGAUGUCGAAGAUGCAGAGUUUCUGCAACAACAACUUGCAAACCCUGAACCAGAACCCAUUGUCAUCUCAGAUGAAUCCGAUGCAUCGGAUGACUCCAUCGAGAUUCAAAGGCCACCUAGGCUUCAUGAUCACAAUUUACGGCACCUUCACAUUCAGCGACAUCCACAGGUCAUUCUAAGCGAUGAGGAAGUGGAGCAGGAUGUGGAGGACGGACUCAGCGACGAUGACCAAGUCGUGCAGUAUCAACGACGACCGGCUUACGGUCAAGGGCGUUACAUUGCACUGCAGUACGAUCAAGAUGAACCCGAAGAGUUGUCAGACGAUGAGCCACAACAGUAUAACCACCAUCACCAUCACCGCCAUUAUCAUGAGCAUCACCAUUAUGGGAUACAAGAUGACGAGUUUGACGAGGAUGAGGACUACUGA